AUGAAUGCGGGAAGAAAUCAGCGUGGAAUUGCUUUGGCAUUUGCUGUUAUUUUGAAUUUGCAUCACGCGUGUUUAGCGCUGAAUUUCAAUCCCAGCACAGCAUCCUACGAGGAUUUUCUUGUUGAAAUCACCGAUGAUGUGGAUGCAUCCGAUUGUGUUCGAGUUUUGACGAUUCUGGAGGAUCCAACCUGGGAAAACAGUUUCCCAUCGGGUGCUGACCUUUUGGUGUCAGGUUCACAAAGGGGUCCAGGACUGAAAAUGCCUCAUACUAUGCAGAAUCUUGGGUGUGGGUCUCCUGGGUUACAAAUUCACUUCCCAGCACAGUUUUUGCUCUCUUCUUCUGACCUGGGAUGCAAUGGAGGGAAAAUAUUCCUGGCAGAAUUCGCAAAAUACAGGUACGGGGUGUUCGAUGAACACGGAUUCGAAGGAGAUCCGAUUUAUCCUUUGGCCUACGCCAAUUCCAACGGCCAACUCAGUCCAACAGCUUGUGCAAACCAUCCUCCGGAUGCCGAAUUUUCAAACCUGGAGAGGUGUUGGUGGGACAUGUCAAGUGAGAGCUGCUUUUGGGAUCUGGUCAAUGGCACAGAGACAAUCGUGACCUCGGUCAUGUCACAGCCACUCUUGGAACAGGCCAGCAAAUUCUGCGGUUCAUCGGAUGACCACCCGCACAACAAAGAAGCGCCGACCAAACAAAAUAUGUUUUGCGGCGAACGAAGUGUUUGGGAAGUAAUUGAACAACAUCCGGAUUUCACAAACAGUAAUGCAAGGUCGGCAAUUCUAAAAGCAGGGAAAUCUGUGAAUGUACGCCCUGAUUUCAAAGUCGUCGCUCCUCCAACGGAAUCUUCGACGACUCCUCUUUUCAUGAUUUUCAACAAAUGGAUUUUUCGUCCCUCAAGCCCGGCUAGCUCUGCUCCCGACGAAUGGAAAGCCAGAUGUCACUCCUUGUUCCAUCCACUCUUCUUCCUCCAACGCUCCUCCUCGUCGUUCCACGCUGGAAAUGUGAAAGGGAAAGAUGGGUCAAUGACACUAUGGAACGGCGACGACAAGGAUGAUUUGCUCAGCCAAUUGUUUCCCUCGAAUUCGGCCAUCGGCAGUUUGUGUUUUUAUUCGUCACUGGACACUAACCCCGCGGGGAUGGGGGAACUCUUUUCCAUGGAAGGUCUCCUCAGCAGAUUGGCGCAAGGAAACAAUACGAGAGUUGACUUUAUUCCAGAUGCACUGGUUCGCGCAACUCCUUUGGUUUGGAUCCACGGAGUCGACUAUGACAUCACCGAUGAAGAAUUGGAGACCAUAGAGAGGAAUUACGUUGACCAAUUUCACAUCCCAGUGUACCAAGUGGUAGAUGCGCCAUCUAGGAUCCCCAACAUUGACCAUGCCAGUCAAUUGGAGCGCAUGAGCAGAAUAUCUAAAUACGGACAAUUCCUCGUGUUCAUGAGUGAUGAGAGAAGACCUGGCUUGACCCAAGCGAGAUUCUCUGAAGCCCUGACCACAGCUGUGUUGCCACUUCUGGCACCUUCUUCCGCAAUACCAUCCAUGGUCUAUUCAAAUUCGCUGAACCCAGACUUGGAUGCGUUUGUAUGCGAUACCCAGCAGACUGUGAAGAACAUAAUCAUCAACAUCCCAUCAUCAACAAACAAGGAUUCCUUGCUAUUUUUCUCCUUCUUCGGCAUUCCGUACGACAAAUUCCCUCUCAAACCCGGAGAAACAAUUGACAUUACUUUGACAUCGCCUUCGGGAGACAUUUCAAAAAAGGCAACGGCAGCUUUUGGCUCUGCAGGGUUUUAUUCAGCAGAAGUUUUUGUCACAGCAGAGAUUUUUCGUCCCUCAAGCCCGGCUAGCUCUGCUCCCGACGAAUGGAAAGCCAGAUGUCACUCCUUGUUCCAUCCACUCUUCUUCCUCCAACGCUCCUCCUCGUCGUUCCACGCUGGAAACGUGAAAGGGAAAGAUGGGUCAAUGACACUAUGGAACGGUGACGACAAGGAUGAUUUGCUCAGCCAAUUGUUUCCCUCGAAUUCGGCCAUCGGCAGUUUGUGUUUUUAUUCGUCACUGGACACUAACCCCGCGGGGAUGGGGGAACGCUUUUCCAUGGAAGGUCUCCUGAGCAGAUUGGCGCAAGGAAACAAUACGAGAGUUGACUUUAUUCCAGAUGCACUGGUUCGCGCAACUCCUUUGGUUUGGAUCCACGGAGUCGACUAUGACAUCACCGAUGAAGAAUUGGAGACCAUAGAGAGGAAUUACGUUGACCAAUUUCACAUCCCAGUGUACCAGGUGGUAGAUGCGCCAUCUAGGAUCCCCAACAUUGACCAAGCCAGCCAAUUGGAGCGCAUGAGCAGAAUAUCUAAAUACGGACAAUUCCUCGUGUUCAUGGGUGAUGAGAGAAGACCUGGCUUGACCCAAGCGAGAUUCUCUGAAGCCCUGACCACAGCUGUGUUGCCACUUCUGGCCCCUUCUUCCGCAAUACCAUCAAUGGUCUAUUCAAAUUCGCUGAACCCAGACUUGGAUGCGUUCGUAUGCGAUACCCAGCAGACUGUGAAGAAAAUAAUCAUCAACAUUCCAUCAUCAACAAGCAAGGAUUCCUUGCUGUUUUUCUCCUUCUUUGGCAUUCCAUACGACAAAUUCCCUCUCAAACCCGGAGAAACAAUUGACAUUACUUUGACAUCGCCUUCGGGAGACAUUUCAAAAAAGGCAACACCAGCUUUUGGCUCUGCAGGGUUUUACUCAGCAGAAGUUUUUGUCACAGCAGAGGAAUCUGGCACUUGGAACAUCUCCACAACAUGCGUUUGGCCUCAAAUCAAAGCUGUUCCUUUGUACAUUUCUAUCUACUUUCUCGGAGACAACAAUAAUCCGGAACCGGAUUUCAUUCGGACUCUUCUUCCCCCGACGCUACUCAAAUCAUCUUUCCCAUCAACAAAUGCAGUUGACACGGGAUUCGCACAUCCGCCAGUUGUGCAAAUUAUGGCUCAACGCGGAGGAAAACCGAUCGUUGGCUUGGAUGUGAAGGCAAAAAUUCAGGGCAGCACCGGAACAACUGAGAAGAAUUUGCAUGAUUCCGGCGUCGGAAUGUACGACGUAACCGGAGGAGACGGGAUUUAUUCUGGGGCAUUGGACAUCAGGAAACCCGGGUUCUACCACACCAGCUUCAUCAUCACUUCCGCAGAGACCCAAGAAAACGUGCCACCAGAUACUCCUUCAAGCGCCAUUGAUGACAAAUGCUGCGGCAGUAUUUACCCACAAGGUUCAGCCGUAGGACCUGCGUCGAACUGGACACGAAUUCUAAUGGGACCCAGUUUUGUGGUUGGGAACGACUUGGGGGCAUUUCCUCCGGAAAAAGUGACCGACUUGGCCUUUUCAAUCGAUCCCAAUGACAACAGCGCAAUUUUCAUCUCUUGGUCUAUGAUUGACCGGGAUGCCGAGAUGACUUCGAUUCGGGAUUCUGCAGGCUCUGAUUCGACUUGCGUGGAGAUCAGAACCAGCACCUGCAAAGAAGGCGUCGUAGAGGACUUUAAGUCGUCACCCAGCAUAGAAAACUCUUAUCACGUGUUUUGUUCGUGUAACGAUCGCAGCACUUACACAUCAGCGUGCAACCGAGUCCUAUGUUCGACCACACCAAGAAACAAAAUGGGUAUUAUUAAAGCUGACAAUGAUGAUAGACUGAAAAUCAGAUGCCAACUCACCAGAAAAAUGGAUGCUGACGAUGAUGAUGCCGAUGAUAAGAAACCCGCGUAUGUCACUUUGAGAAUUAAAUCACGAACCGACGGCUCUUACGUUUCCGAUGUGAGCAACUUGGUAGUGGUCUAUGAUCCCGAAGCUAUGGUUCACUUUGAGGCCACAAAUGAUGAGAAUGUUUGCACUGAGACCACUGUCAAAAAGCCACUGAUGUCGAAGGAGGAACAAAAAAUCGAGGAUCUGAAACGAGAAAUUCGUUUGUUGUACAUGUUCGGAGGAACGGCGAUAGGAGCUCUCUUACUUCUGGUGGUGGUUCUCAGCAUUUGUCUCGCGUUUCCGGGCAAAUUCAAACCAGGAUGUUCGGAAACUAGACACCAUCACACGAUCGCAACUUCAACCUUAGCACAGAAUCAUCAUCAAGCAGAGCCCGUCGGUAUCAGUCAGCCAUUUUCUUCCUGGCGAGCGGGAAGCAUGAUUAUUAAUAAUCAACGGCGACCAACUGAUUUCCAUCAACACAUUACGACUUCGGGUCUCACCAACCGAGCUUUCACGAACGAAUCUGACAUCAGAGGAGAGAUUUCGGAUGAUUUCACGGAUGACGAAGAAGUGAUUGCAGACACUACUCAACACAGAUCAUCGCAGCCGAUAGAAGCUUUCAAUAGAUUCAACUACACGAACGGCUCUUACAAUAUUUCUCAAGUAAUAGACCACAGAUCACCAUCAGCAGUAUCAUCAUCACGGAGUCCCGUACCUCCUCCACUACCUCCUCGGCAAUUCACAAAUCUCAACCGCACAUCAAGCACUUGGUCCGAUAGACACCCUUUGAGGAAUUUGAUACCUCUCCGGAACUUCGAGUCCAAUGACCUUCUGGAUUCGUUCGACAUAAAAGCAAGUCAAGACAGGGAUCUGCUGCAGAACGAUUUUGCCGGAAGCGAAUCCAUCAUUUGCGUGAAUCCAGAAAUAAUAACGCAAUUCAAUAAGGAACAUAAGCCGAAAAGGUUCUUCUGCGAAGCGAGACCUUCUUCAGACUGCUACAUUGCCAUUCGUCUCAAAGGGAUCAACGAACCAAAUGCCAUCAGCAACAUCGUGAAAUUUGUCAAUCCGAAAAAUUUCUACAAACCUCAGCCAAGUGACGACGACAAAGAUUCGCGUGGAGCACUUGACCACGAUUUGAUGCUUUCUUACAUAAUCUUCGGGUCAGUCACACUCAUCUUGCUAAUAACCGUCAUCGUCUUGGUAGUACUUCUAAUUUUCACGAGACGGAAACUUGUGGAGGCCUACAGGAGUCAGCUUCCGCGAUACGGACAUCAAAUGCCAUCAUCAUCACCAGCAGAAACUACGCCGAAUGCCGGUUAUAAUAAGGCUUCCAAGCUUAUCGGAGAAACACCAUUACGAUUCACAAGCAACUCAGCUAGUCAAUCACCAGUUAGUCACUCGAUUGCAUCAGGAACCACGAGAAAUGAAGCAAUUUACGAUUCUCCUUGGGCGAUGGGAUCAUUCCAGGCCACGAAUUCAGGUAGUAUCGAUUCGUCGCACGCAGUAACAUCACCAGCAUCAACCAAUGCUGCGGAAACGUUGGCGCCAAUUGGAGGCACCAGUCGUGCGGAACACUUACAGUUUGCUGGUAUCAAUGUAGAUAGACGACGGCGACGCCAAGGUGAUAUUUCAAAAAAUGAGGCAAUACUUCCUCCGAAAAUUGGCGAAAUUGGUUCCACCAAUCGUGGCUUCGAUUUUGAUGAUUUAGAUGAAGGAGUGUGGUCAACUCAAGAAGUAAGCAUCAGUAAACCCUGCGAAGCUGUGAACUCGGUGGCUUUUGACUAUUCCAAGAAAGUAUUUCCUGCCAUCAGCCAACAACAUACAAAUAACAAAAUGAAGAUUUCCUAUGUUUGAAUGCAUUUGUAUAUGCUAAAUGAUUCCUCAUCAUAAUGCCUCUCAGGAGUUCAUCAGCAAAUAUAGCUUUUGAAUGAUAUUACAAUGAUUCUGCGGGCGAUGUGAUCUGCUGGUUGCUGUGUGGUGGACGUUUUACGUCGUACAAUAAAUUCGUAUCAUUCCAGA